GAAUCAAUAAACAUGAACUAUCAGCAGCAUACUGUUGGUCGCGCCUGUCCGCCGAACACAGCAAAACAUGGAAGAUCGCGAAGUUUGGCACCGAUGCGCCAGCAGAUCAUUUACACUAACCAGACAACGAACGCACCUCCGGUCAUGCAGCAACCUCCGCCAGCAAAUCGACGAGUGCAAGCGACUCAACCGCAGAUGUUGUACACUUCUGGUGCACCGACAUACCAAACCUAUGCUCGUCCUGGACAGCCAGCUAUGCAACCCAUCUACCAGAUGAACAGUCAGCCGUAUCCUUAUCGUCCUACCGUCUACGUGGCAGCUCCACCUGGCCAGAUCACUGGCGGCUAUCCAAGAAUCGAUCCUUGUAAUAUUCGAUCCGCUUAUCCACAAGGUUAUGCAGCUCGUCCACCGAUCACUCCAUUUAUGCAGCGAGAGGAGAAACCUCCACAAAUCAUGCAAGUACCUUCGGUUUCACAGUCGGUGAAAGUGCAAGCACCUGCCCCUGCUGUUCCCGCAGAUGAUGGUGAACACGAAAGAGAAACUGUAUACAGCGAGACCGCGACAGUAACUGACUGGAUUCACUUGCGUAGCUAUGCUCGUCCUGGACAGCCAGCUAUGCAACCCAUCUAC